GAUACCAUAGUAACUAGCAGGGGGUAAGGGUGGAAGAGAAGAAGGAGGAGAGUGGAAAGGGAAGCCUGGCUGGCGGAUGCCACAGCGCCCCCUGUCUGUGCUUCCCUCGCGCGCUCCUCGGAAAGCAGCAAAUGGCUCUGGAUUUGCGAGCUCCUUUGUGUGAAGCACACUCCGAGCAAAGUGGCAGAGGCGCACGCCGAGUCCCUCCUUUCCACCCUGCAGCCAGCGUCGUGGGGCAGCCGUUUCACAGCCGGAUCCCUGCCUCACUUCUAACCCCAACAUCUCGACGGUAGUUUUUAUGGGGUUUUUUACCUCCCUUUUCUAUACUCCUUAAGACAUCAGAAAAAAAAAAUCCACUAACAAGAAAGCAGAGCGAGCGAGAGAACAGGCUGGGAGGGAGGGAGCGAGAGAGGAAAAGAAGAGCCAACUCUCCAAAGACAGAGCGAGAUCCACGUCCUGGGCUGUGGCAAGUAGUGGGUGUGGGGAAAACGGAACUCCUUGAAGUUACCUGCCCUGCUGUAAAGAUUAAGGAGGGGGCUUUUGCCGUGCCUCUAGUAGCCAACUGCAGACAAGACCGGUGCUUUUUGAAAGAGUUUGUCUCCCAGCCAGCCCCCUUCUUCCCUUUUACAAGCCGCGAACGGAUGCGAGGCAGAGAAGGUGGCUUUCUUUUUUUCUUUUUCUUCUUCUCCUCCUCCCCAACUAAGGCACCUCAAUCUUCUGGGUUUUUUUUCCAGUGUUUUGUUUUGUUUGAACGUAAACACAAAGAGGGAAGGCGAGGAGUUUGCUUGAUGUUUUAGUGCAAUGGACGUAAGAUUUUAUUCGCCGCCGCCGCCGCCUCCUCCUCCACCACCAUCCCAGACUGCAGCCGCUCCUGAUACUCCUUGCCUGGGACCUUCGCCUUGCUUGGACCCCUACUACUGCAACAAGCAUCACAUUAAUAGCCUGAGUGCACAUUUCAACAAGUUUGACGGUGAGAACAUGUAUAUGAGUAUGUCAGAGCCGAGCCAGGAGUAUGUGCCAGCCAGCCAGUCUUUUCCCGGCCCAAGUCUUGAAAGUGAAGAUUUUAACAUUCCUCCUAUCACUCCACCUUCAUUACCUGACCAUUCACUGGUACAUUUGAAUGACACAGAAUCUGGUUAUCCUUCACUGUGCCAUCCAAUCAACCAUAACGGCCUGCUUCCAUUCCAUCCACAAAACAUGGACCUGCCUGAAAUCACGGUCUCCAAUAUGCUCAGCCAAGAUGGAACACUGCUUUCAAAUUCAUUGUCGGUGCUGCGAAACUGGACUAACAUGGCAGCUGAAGAAUUUGCUAUGCAAGAAUUACGGAAUACAGAAGGAGCUCAAUAUAGUUCUCACCCCCAAAUAGCAGCCAUGAGACCACGGGUUCAGCCUGGAGAUAUGAGGCAGCCGGGAAUGAUGCAACAUGGUCAGCUGACUACCAUUAACCAGUCACAAUUAAGUGCUCAGCUUGGUUUGAACAUGAGUGGAAACAAUGUUCCACAUAACUCUCCAUCUCCUCCUGGAAGCAAAUCUGCAACUCCUUCACCAUCUAGUUCAGUUCAUGAAGAUGAAGGGGAUGAUACUUCAAAGGUCAAUGGGGGAGAAAAAAGACCUGCCUCUGAUAUGGGGAAGAAACCCAAAACUCCCAAGAAGAAGAAGAAGAAGGACCCUAAUGAACCACAGAAACCUGUUUCUGCCUAUGCAUUAUUUUUCCGAGACACUCAAGCUGCCAUCAAGGGCCAAAACCCAAAUGCUACUUUCGGCGAAGUUUCUAAAAUUGUAGCUUCCAUGUGGGAUGGCUUGGGAGAAGAACAAAAACAGGUAUAUAAAAAGAAAACUGAAGCUGCUAAGAAGGAAUAUCUGAAGCAGUUAGCUGCAUACAGAGCAAGCCUUGUAUCCAAGAGCUACAAUGAACCUGUGGAUGUUAAGGUAUCCCAGCAACCUCAAAUGAUGAACGCAAAGCAGUCAGUGUUCCAUGGAUCUACACAGCCUCAUUCGGCAUUGUAUCUAAGUUCCCAUUACCACCAACAAGGAGGAAUGAAUCCUCACAUAACAGCCAUACAUCCCAAUAUUCCUAGGAAUAUAGCACCUAAGCCUAACAACCAAAUGCCAGUGACUGUUUCCAUAACCAACAUGGCUGUCUCACCACCCCCAUCCCUUCAGAUGAGUCCUCCUCUUCAUCCACAUCUCAGUAUACAACAACACCAGCCACUUACAAUGCAGCAGUCCAUUGGGAACCAGCUACCGAUGCAGGUCCAGUCUGCUUUACAUUCACCUACAAUGCAACAAGGUUUUACUCUCCAGCCUGAUUACCAGAAUAUUAUCAACCCAACAUCUACAGCUGCGCAAGUUGUUACCCAAGCGAUGGAGUACGUUCGUUCAGGGUGCAGAAAUCCCCCAGCACAGAGUGUGGACUGGAAUAAUGAUUACUGCAGUAAUGGGGCCAUGCAGAGGGACAAAGCAUUGUACCUUACCUGAAAACAUUUUGGGAAAGCAUCUCUUCUUUCCACUGAGGAAUGCAGGGAAGUCUUUUCGUCAUGGAUUGCUUUAUGCAGUCAAGGCAGUUCUGCAUUUAUUUAGAAAAUAUAAGUUGCUAAGCACUUAGGACUAUUUGAGCUGGUGGGUCAUUCACUGGGGAAAAAAUUAGUCUUGUUCCUUCCUCCACCCCCUUCUUUCUUUCUCUUUCUCCUUCGACAUUGUUUAAAUGGACAUUGCUUUUCUUCUUUCCUUAAGGAAGGAGGCUUGGACCAUUCAGAUUUUAUGUUGGUUUUUAAUUUUGCUGUGAAGUGCUACGCUAGUAACUGCCUUAGCAACUGUAGAUGUCUUGGAUAAAAGUCCUGGAUUUUCCAUUGGUUUUCAUAAUGGGUGUUUAUAUGAAACUGCUAAAGACUUUUUAAAUGGCUUGAUGUAGCAGUCAUAGCAAGUUUGUAAAUAGCAUCUAUGUUACACUCUCCUAGAGUAUAAAAUGUGAAUGUUUUUGUAGCUGAUUGUAAUUUGAAACUGGCUCAUUCCAGUUUAUUGAUUUCACAAAGGGGGUUAAAUUGGCAAACAUUCAUAUUUUUACUUCAUUUUUAAGCAACUGACUAAUAGUUCUAUAUUUUCAAAGUCUUUGAAAGAUAAAAAAGGAAAAUUAUUCCCAAAUGAAUUUAAUUAAACAGAAAUUGGCUUUUCUGUCAUUAGUUAUUAAAAAAAAGUUUAGUGUUGGGAAAAGAGCAAACACAUUUAUUUUGUAUUGCCUAAAACUGCUUUUUUAUCACUUUAUGUGUAAUGGUUAGUAAACGUCAUUUAUGUCCUCUUAUGUAUAAAACUGCCAAAUGCUUUCUUGAUAUUUUAUUAGAUGCCGAAACAGAUUGGAAACUGCUAAAUUAUAACCUUUACAUACGCCUAUGUAUUAUUGUUUCUUCAUACUGUGUCUGUAUUUAAUCUUUUUUUUAUGGAAGCUGUUGCGCCUAUUUAUGAAAUAAUAAAUAUAGGUGUUUGUAAGUAAAUUUGUUAGCAUCUUAAAGAAGAUUUUUUUAAAACUACUUUUGUUGGCAUCAAUGUAUUUGCUGCUGGUGUGAAUACUAUUAGUUUUUACAGUGAUAUGAAUAACACCCAACCAGCUUUUUCUGGCAGAAAAUGAAGGUAAUCGACAUUUAAUUUGUACUUCUUAUGUUGAUCUGCGACCAAAAGAAAAAAGUAUAUAGAGAGGGGAGCUAAAUCCUUAAGAAACUUCCCUGUUCCUCUGAUCAUGUAAGAGAAGGGUAUACAAGUCAUAUGUAACUUAGACUACAUUAGUGAAGAUUAAACAAGAGAUAUAGCGUACAACAAAAGUCUGAUGUGCACAGGGACUUCCCCAUUCUCUUCUAUGAAGGAAAGCUUUCUGCAUAUAUGUAGGGAUUGUGGACAGGUCAUUCUCCUGCUCAUAGAUGACAACAGAGAAGCCCCUGUAUGUGUGCAGCUCCAUAUAAUGUACUGGAGUUGCUAGACCAUACCAAAAUUUAAAGUUACCAAAAAUGCUUCAGUUAUGAAGAUAAAAAGGGCUAUGUCAGGAUCAUUAUGAGUAGGAAGUAGCAGGAACAGGACCAAAUCAUUGUUUCUUUUGCAACCUCUGAAUGGCCUAAGAAUAGAAUAGUAAUUAAGAGAGGUCAAAACAGUAUUUGUAUGAUUUAGAUUAGGAGUAGCCAACAUUGUGUCCUCCAGAUGUUGGGACUAUAGCUAUCAUAAACCCUGACUAUUAGUCAUGCUAGGGAUUAUGGUAGUUGUAGUCCAACAAUAUCUGGAGGAACCACGUUGGCUGUCCCUGGUUUAGAACAUGGAUAGUUGUGAAUAACCCAUUGUGAGAUGAGUCCAUCCGUGGGGCUCCAAAUGGGAGCGGACCUACCUAGGAAAGGAUGAAUAAUGAGAUUGGGUACGGAUGUUGUAGGUGUGUCAAACUCCUCCAGUUCUCCCAUUUGCAUAUUUAGGCCAGUGACAGAGUUAACCUAUCAGUCCCCAGUUAACAUUGAUUGGCAGCACUCUUUUUUUUUUUUUGGAACAUGUAUUUGUUUCCUCAAGAGUUCUGCCUCCCCCCAUUUCAAAUGAGCAUCAGAUCAUGUUUUGGGCAAGCUGGACUAAUUCCUGUUUCCUUUUGUCAACUUGCCCUUAGCUAUGAAGUCUGCAAGUCAUCUCUCCUGUUUGGGUAAAUUUACUAUAGUUUUCUCAUCUUAAGGGGUGCUCAGGGUGGCAAAGUUUUAGAACCCUUGUACUGAUCAAAUUGCUAAUCAGUUGGCUUCUAUUUCAUAUAUGAAAUAGAGAUAUUGUAUUAAUCCAAUAAAAAAAUGUAAAAUGCCUAAAAAGUACAAUGUGUUUGCUUUGAAAUGAAAUUAGGCAAUGUACAACCUUGAAUCACUUGAGCAUGUAAUUAAUAAAUAAUGCAGAUCAGAUGUGAUUAUUCAAAUGGCUAUAGCUGAGUUCUAAUUUUGUUGUCUUGAAUCCAUAUAGGAAGUCAUGAUUACAUUCACAGUUUUAUUGUCUUUAUGUUGAGUACUUUAGAAAUAUACCAGCACUAACUAUUAGCUAAUGUUUUCUAUUAAUUUUGUUAUGGUGAAACUUCAGUUCCCGCUCAAAAUAAUUCUAUAAAAAGAGCAGCAAUUAGUUGUUAUGGGAAUCAGCUUUGACAGGAUUGGAUGGGAGAGUGUUGUAUUAUCAACAUUUUUCUAGAGAAGCUGUGCUGUCACAGCAUACCAUUUCUUAAUUUCAGUAGCCAACCAAGGUUCAAACUAGAAGCAAAUAUUAAUGUCAAUAAAACGUA